AUGAAACCAAGCGAAGAACACGGGCGUCAAAACGCGCCAACAAAUAUCCUACUAACCUCGAUCUCAGCACUAGUGGCUGAAACGACGACGUUCCCUAUCGAGAUAACAAAGACGAGGCUCUAUCUCCACGGAGAGUCAUGGUCUCUGGGCUCGACCCGGCCCACCAACGCGUUCCGGGUGGCCUCAGAGAUCGUCCGCUGGGAAGGCCCUUUUAGACUGUAUAAGGGUCUGUCUCCGGCGAUUCUCAGGCACCUGUUUUACAUGCCCAUACGCAUUGUCGGCUAUGAGCGGCUCAUAAACUCUCUGAAAACCAAUGGUGGUCGUUACACCCUCUCUCUCCCCGCUAAAGCCGUGUUCGGUGGACUCUCCGGCGUUGUUGCUCGGUUGGUGGCAAGCCCUGCAGAUCUUGUAAAGGUGAGAAUGCAAGCAGAUGGUCGUUUUGUCAGCCAAGGCUUCCAACCUAGGUACUCGGGGUGUUUUGAUGCUUUAUGCAAGAUCACCCAGGCAGAAGGUGUUGGAGGACUAUGGAAAGGGGUUUUCCCUUAUGUUCAAAGAGCUUUCUUAGUGAAUGGGGAAUUAUCUUGCUAUGAUUAUGCAAAACGUUUUGUUAUCAGUAAUCAUUUGGGUACCGAUGGUGAACUUUUUUCUAAUAUAUAUGCCCACACAUUAUCAUCAAUCAUGUCAGGGCUUUCAGCUACUGCUUUGAGCUGCCCUGCAGACGUGGUAAAGACAAGGAUGAUGAAUCAGUCGGAAAUCAAGGAAGGGAAGGUUCUAUACAAUAGUUCUUAUGAUUGUCUUGUGAAGACUGUCAAAGGUGAAGGUCUAAGAGUACUAUGGAAAGGUUUUCUCUAAUUUUCUCUUCUUUUUCCUACAUGGGCACGGCUUGGGCCUUUGAAAUUUGUGUUCUGGGUCUCGUAUGAGAAGUUUCGACAAAUUGCAGGAUUUUCUUCCUUCUGCUGAUGAACCUU